ACGAAUCCAUACCGACAAGACUUUACACUGCGGAGAGACGAACCAAACAGUGCAGAUCUUGGGAGGGUAUACGACAGUCAACCAACAUUUCAACAACCAGCAUAUCAGCAUACCAGCACAUCAGCAUACCAGCACAACGAGCCAUCCAUCUCGAUCGCAUCUACUUCAUCUUCAACGGCUUUCGACGGCGCCGUAUCAAGUCGCACAGGGACCAUAAAUCUUCCAUACAUUCUAGGUCACGAAGACACGGGUUGGUACGUCAAUUUUUGGAUACCUACUUGCAUGAUCCUUCUCUUUACCUUAAUCUUCACCUAUCACCUCAAUCCUUAUCGCAUUCCAUCUACUUUGACCAGAAGUUUCAAAAAUUUUGUUAAGUUUGCCUUGUUAUUAUUGUAUUUCCCGCAGUGUCAUAUUCAACUAUCGAAACGUUUUUCUUCAACGUUUUCGGAAGAUUUGAAGGAUGAAGCUACCGGCAAUCCAAGAAUUUCAAAGCAAGCUGGCAUAAAUUUUUAGGUUAGAAGAGAUAGUUUUUUAGUACUUGAAAUUGAAAAGGAGAUGAAAGAGGAUGAAGAAGAAAAAGCCAGUUCGAAGUGGAUUUUUUCUUAAUUAUUUUUUCCUUUCCUUUGCUUGGGGUUAUGAAUAUUGUGAAGGGUUCAAGGUUGAGUUGAGUGAGGACUUGAGGGACCUUCUUAAUAAAACCCGAAAAAUUUCUAGCAUUAAGCAUUCUAUUCUAUUAUCCGAUUCCCAUCUUUUACAAUAUCCAUCCACAAGGACAAGCAAGCAAUCAAGCAAGCAAGCAAGCAAGCAAGCAAGCGAGCAUCCAUUCAUUCAUCCACCCAUCAUCCAUCCACCCAUCCACCCACCUUCCACCUUUUUUUUUCUGCACAAAACCUCACACUCCACACUUCACUAUACCCUUCAACUCGGUCAUUAAACGACUGGUUCUGAAUUACUGCUGCUGCAUAUUCUCUUUUCCAAAUCCAUCUCGCUCUUAUCUUCCUCUUUCAUUACCGUCGAGCAUUUACUGUAUUGCAUUCAUUGUACUAUACUAUAUACUAUACCAUCCAUACUAUACCAUACUGUAUUUAUUUUUUUCUUUUAUUUUGGUUUCAGCUUGAUAAAUAAUCAAUCAGUGAUUUGAUUUUGACUAUUCUCUUCUCCUUUCCACUUCUAACAAAUCAGUCAAUCAAUAUAGCACCAAGAGCACCAAUAGCACCAAGAGCACCAGAAAAGGAAACGCUCAAGAGAUCCUGGAAAUACAUACUAUGCAACGCCAAAAAACCCACCAAAAAACCCAGUCCCAAGUUUAAAAAAAUCGGAAUUUUCGACUAUUUUUACCAUUUUUGACAGGUUCACACUACUUUUUAUUAUUUACCUUGCCUUACCUUUCUUUACUCAUCUCAUUAGGUACUCACUACUCGGGCACUACUCACACACUACUCGAUGUACCGUGCCUACUCCCGCUUUUAAAGCCAAAACUAAAGCCAAACUAAAGCCAAAAUCAGAUACAAAAAUCUCAAAAUCAAAAUCCAAAAUCCAAAAUCCAAAAUCCAAAAUCCAAAAUCCAAACUCAAAUACCAAAAACCCAAAGAUAUUAUCAUCCCACCUUCGUCGCAAGAGAAAGAGGAAAAGAUUAAGAGGAACGAGAAGCGAGAAACGAGAUACAGACAUACAUACAUACAUUGAAUCCCAGCUUCCGUCUCAGCUAUCACAGAUUACAAUUUACAAUUUACAACCUACCCAAAAAAUUAUAUCCCCAGAUAUUAUUAUUAUUAUUAUUACUAUUAUUAUUAUUAUUAUUAUUACCUAUUUAUACAUUUUCUUCCCAACCUAAACCCCCUCCGAUCAAGGUCUUCAUAAAUAUUUCCAAAUCAACUUGGAAAGUGACCCAAAAAGUAUCAUUGCAGAUCUUUUACUCUACUUGAAAGGGUUAAUCAAAUUUCCCAAACCUAAAGGUAAUGUUCUAAAAUUUCUCUUGGACAUCGCUUCUAUCAUUGCGCCUCACUCCCGCGCAAACUAUAUUCGAUGGACCUGGUGGACCACUUACUUGGUACCCGGGUCGCUUUUUGAUAGCUUACCACUACUUUACUACUUUACCCUCGGGAAGCAAUAUGGCUGAUCUUGGAAAACCUUGUUCGAGCAGACUUUACGAUACCAUCUUAUUACCUUCAUAAUUCAGUUGCGCGGCAUUCUGUUACAUCACACACAUGAUUACCUACACGUCAGUCCGUAAUACAUACCUGCGCAGAUGAUUCUCCACUGAGCUCUAUUACGCCUCUGUGUUCUCCUCGAACCUGUAAGAAGCCGCCGCGCUCGACCGCAGUCCAUGGCCCUAGCUGUUGUGGCCACUUAACUUUUUGUGUGAAUCGCAAUGAUGGACAAUGGUCAACCAGAUCCAAAGCGACCAAGGUUAGGACCUGGUCCUGCUUGGCCGAUCGAACAGCCCAAUCAACCCAACCCUUCAAGGGCCCUUCCUCCCUUACAACCUCCGUAUAAUAGCAGUCCAUUCUCUCGUCCCGAGUCUCACGCCCACCCCCUCGAUAGACGAGCUCCCCACCCUAACUUCCAGGAACAUCAAGACCCUCAUCGCCCCAAUUCAGGACAUUCGCAUGUCUACCACAUACAUAAUACGCACCAACCUCCUCCUAUCCCUCAAUACAAUGGGCAUAACGGACACAAUGGUUCUCGAGAGCCCGUCGUGAAACCAGAUCCUUCGGAAGAACCUCCACAACAUAGACCACUACCUAUAACAAAUGGUACAGACCACCAUGUGAAUCCACCCUACCCUGAAGAGAGAGGAAGGUCUUUCCCACCGAGAUUCGAUCAACAUCAACCUCCGCCUCCGCAGCAUACUCCGCAACAUACGCCGCAGAUGUAUAGUAAUAACCCCGCUCCUCCCAUGUAUCAACCUCAACCCCCGCCUCCCUCCACAAGUCCGAUGACUACACCAACGUUUGACGGGUCCAUGUCAAUGUAUGGUCCACCACAAAAUCAUGCCCACCCUCCAUCCCGAGAACAAUAUUCAGUGACGCCUUAUACUCAACCUGCGAAACCUCGGAAAGCGCAACGCGCCGCUCAGGCAUGCGAUAGCUGUCGAAAUUUAAAGGCGAAAUGUGAUGAGGGGCGACCGGCUUGCGGCAGCUGUAAAGAGAAGAAUUUUGAAUGCCGUUAUCGAGAUCCACCACCCAAACCGUAGGUCUUGAGAAAAGAAUUGGGAUGAUGUGCUGCUGACUAUUUUAGAAUUGACAAAGCUUCCACGGAUAUCAUCGAGGCCUUAUUGCGACUGGAAAAUCGUAACACGGAAUUAUUCAAUGUCUUGAAGACAGGUUUGGAGUUAUUGAACAAACGAGUGAACGACUUACAGGAGAGAGUGGGCGCUGGUCAACCUUUAUCGAGCAUUGAGCUCAUGAAAGUGGAAGGGAGGGACGAUGUUCAAUUACCUGAUCAUUUCAGAUCAUUUCAUGACUCGGAUAUGAAUACUCUUCAUAAUGCAACGCCGAUAGAAACACCAACUACUGUAGCUCCCGUACAACCACUCGAAGGGUCUACUCCCGGUGCAACUGAAGAAGAAGAGGAAGGGGAACCUGUGCCUCCAGGACAACCUUUAAUACCGGUCAAUCAUACGACAGGCGCAGCUAGGCUUUUACUAGUUCCUUCUGUAAGACAGAUGGUUGAGGGUGGGGGUGGUUUACCAAAGAAUGUGAAAGAUGAGAAAUAUCCCAUGCUGCAAGAAGAACGACGUGGAUUGCUAAGAUUAUUUGGAAGGGGGGAAGGAACCGAUCUAGCUCAAGGUUACGACCGAGAUCCUAUGACAGACCAUGCCGAUUCUAUAGUCGAUACGAGUUCUGAUAUCUCCUCUCCAGCAGGUGAAGAAUGGGGUCAAUUAGGUGGUAUGACUCCACCAUCUAGUGCGCCAGAUUAUCCUCCACCAGUCGUUGGCAGUAUUAUGUCAGAUGGUAUGCCAGAUUUUCGGAGAAGUGUAGUUUUGGAAUUGGUCAAAAGCUAUAAGGAACACAUAAAUAUCAUGCAUCCAAUUUUGAUACCGAGGCGACUGGAUGCUCUGGUUGAGUCAUUUCUCAAAUCUAUUCCAUCGGAUUCCGCGAAACCAAGACAAGUUCAGACCCUGGCAUCACAACAUGCAGGUUUUGUAAGUAUGAAACCACCAGAGAGUCCGGGAAGCAAGCGGAAAAGAUCGCCAGGAGUUGGAGAACCACCAGAAAUCUCAGUUGUUGGUGGUUACGGGUUUAUCAAACCAGGCCAUCCGAGUCGGUCGAUUAGUACUGCUUUAGUCUUGGUGGUAUUAGCCUUAGGAAAGAUUUGUCAAGAGAGAGGGAAAAUUCCCGAACUUCCUUCCGACAAAGAUAUUGAAAACCCUUGGGGUCACAUCAAUUCCCCAAUUGUACGAAAUGGUCAUCCAUCCCCUAUUCAAAGUUCUCCAACACAAUCUUCAGAACUACCAUCACCCAAGGAUAAUAUUGAUCGAUUUUAUCCUCGCAGUCGAAGAACUUCGAUAGAAGGUGAUUCAUAUUUAGCAAGAAGUGGCUUUAGACCUAGGAAUGUGGAUGUCAUUCCAGGUUUGGCAUAUUUCGCACUCGCUACGGAUAUUAUUGGAAAUCAACUUGGAGGAAAUAGUCUACAGCAUGUUCAUGUGAAUAUUUUAGCCGGUCUUUAUCACGGACAACUUGGAAGGGUUUUGGAAAGUCAUUCAUACAUUCAUCAAGCUUGUAGAGCUUUACAGGUUAUUUUGAGACCGUAAGUCAUACCCAAUUCCUGGUUCGAAUACCACUAACAUGAAUGAUAGGAAACUGGAUCGUUUCAAAAAGUUGAAGCAAGAUGGAUUUCCCGUAUUGGCGAAAGACAACCCAUUGAUUUUCGCAUUUUGGACGUGCCUACAGCUCGAAAGGUAUGGUUAUUUCAUCUAAUUGAUAAAUUUACAUUCUAACAUCAAUUAGUGAUAUUGUAGCAGAGUUACCCUGCCCACACUCUGGUAUUCUAACUUACGAAGAAAACAUGCCAAGUCCAAACAUUGUCGAAGCUGUCAAAGAAGGUUUUGAUGAAAAGGUUUUGUUAAGUUAUCAAGGUCAACUUUAUCUCCGCAAACAUCUUAAUCAAUUACACAAUAUGUUUUACAAGCCUGAUAAUGGUAUGUUCUUUAACAUUCUUUUUAUCUGAGAAAAACUACUAACCUUCUCCGGAAGACUCCCAAUUUCCUUCUGUUUAUAAACGUCAGGAUCCCAACCAUUAUGAAUCGAUAGCUACGGCCGAGGACUUUUUAUUCCGGUGGAAAGAAGCCGGAGGAACAAUUGCUUGGCAUGAAAAUGAUCCUCCUGCGACAGAUAUCCUCACAGCACGAAUGAGAGCCAAGUACUACGGAGCGCAAGUUAUCACAUAUAGGAAUUUCGUCUUGAAGAUUUUGGAACAUUCACAUGCGGUAUCAUCAUCAAACACGGUAGAACGCGGCGUGGAUGAUUUCCGAAAUGGUAUCGAGGUUCCGAGCAUCAAUAAACAUGCUACAUCAGCAGAUGAAAUUGAUAAGACAGCUCUAGAUUAUGCAAGAAAUGGUCUUCAAGCACUUGUUAAUAGUACUAGAGCAUUUCAUGGUUUAGGAGAUGGUAGACUUUUUGUCACGAAUCCUUGGGGGACUGCACAUGCGUGAGUUUUAAACCCAAAUAUAUUGAAUGAAAAUAUUUGCUAACAUGACAAAUUAGGCAAUGGGGUAAUGUCCUCACCCUUCAAGCAGCGUGGAACGACAACAUUCUUCGACCAUUAUUUACGGAUAUACUUGAUAAGGAGGGGCUCAGUGACCUACUAAAGAGAACUCUCAGUUUCCUUGGAAUCGUCGCAACUCGAUCAUCGGCCCUUUAUACCGAUAUGAAAAUUCUGGUUAAUGCAGGAAAAUUCACAGGUCUUCUGGAGAGAGACUAUCAGGCACGUCAAGUUACUACUUUCUCGGCAGGUUUUACUAGUUUUUCUAGUUCGCUCUCGAGUUAACUUUUCGCACCUUGAGAGUGGGGUGGUAAAUCUACUGCUGAGAUUGGAAUCUUAUUUUGACUUGCAUCAUUGAAUAUUUACCUCGAGUGUUAAGUACUAAUUUUCUCUCUCUUCGUAUAGCUUCUAAAAAGCUUACGUAAGAAAAAGCCAAAGUUGAAGCAUGAGAACUCAACCUCGAAUCUCUCGAAUGCUUCAAUAUGAUUUUGAUCGAAUCUGAAGAGUCUCAGCAGUCGAGUGCAUAUACAAUACAUAUACCAUGUCGUUCUUUUAGAAGGAGAGGAUGAUAUUUACUCGCAUAUUUAUCAUCACUUACAUACGUCUUUAUACAUUUAUCCAUAUUACAUCACCUACCUCUCUAAUAUACCUCAUCAUACCCCAUCAUUAUCGGAAUACAUUUUUUUGUUCAUUGUUUUUUUUUUGGAUUGGGAAGUUGGUCAUGUCAUAUAUCAUGUGUAUGGGAUUGACAUUUGGCUUUUGGCUUUGGUCUUUGGCUUCAGCGUCGGCUGUUUGUGGGUGGUUAUAUCAUGUCAUUGCAUUUACAAAUAUACGGUUGCGUUUACGUUACGUUUUGUUACGUUGUGUUAAGUGCGAUUGAUGGAUGAGUGGUCUUUUGAUCGCUUUCUUUUUGUUAUGUUGUAUGUUCAUAUCUGUUCGAAUCAUGGUGCACGCGGCUGGAAUUGGGAAGGGUGUGGUGGAG